ACCAAUUCCAUUCAGCCAUUGCCCAACACGGCGUCACGAACCGCACCUUCGUACCUUUGUAAAUCCAGAUUUCGCUGACAACUCGAGAUACUGUUGACUGACCCGCCCCCUUCCUCCCCCUUCCCCCCCGGCGCCUCACUGCUUCGUAACAGCCUGAACGGCCCUUCAAGAUGGCACAGAACCGCCCAACAGCGGCCUUCAACACCCUUCGCAUGGGAGUCAUCCGCGAGAAAGUACAAGACGGAGUGACUGGCGAGACCAGGGACUUGCAGUACACCCAGUGCAAGAUUGUUGGCAAUGGCUCGUUCGGCGUCGUCUUCCAGACCAAGCUUGCCCCAUCUGGCGAAGAUGCGGCCAUCAAGCGCGUCCUCCAGGAUAAGCGAUUCAAGAAUCGCGAGCUGCAAAUCAUGCGCAUCGUUCGGCACCCAAACAUCGUUCAGCUGAAAGCCUUCUACUACUCGAAUGGAGAACGCAAGGAUGAAGUUUACCUGAACCUGGUGCAGGAGUUUGUGCCCGAGACGGUCUACCGAGCUUCGCGAUUCUUCAACAAGAUGAAGUCGACCAUGCCCAUCCUCGAAGUCAAGCUCUACAUCUACCAACUCUUCCGAGCCCUAGCCUACAUCCACUCACAAGGCAUUUGCCACCGUGACAUUAAGCCACAAAACCUACUCCUAGACCCCAAUACCGGCAUCCUCAAGUUGUGCGACUUCGGCAGCGCAAAGAUUCUGGUAGAAAACGAGCCCAAUGUUUCCUACAUCUGUUCAAGAUACUACCGAGCACCCGAGCUCAUCUUUGGCGCCACUAACUAUACGACAAAGAUUGACGUUUGGUCGACAGGCUGUGUGAUGGCGGAACUCAUGCUGGGACAACCGCUUUUCCCUGGAGAAUCCGGCAUUGAUCAAUUGGUGGAGAUCAUCAAGGUGCUGGGAACACCGACCCGCGAACAGAUCCGCACCAUGAACCCGAAUUACAUGGAGCACAAGUUCCCGCAGAUUAAGCCGCACCCGUUCAGCAAGGUCUUCCGCAAGGCAGACGGCAACGCUUUGGAUCUUAUAGCCAGACUUCUGGAGUACACGCCGACGGAACGUCUCGGGGCAAUCGAUGCCAUGGUGCAUCCCUUCUUCGACGAGCUCAGGGAUCCAAGCACGAAAUUGCCAGACUCCCGGCACUCGUCGAAUACCCUGAAGGAUCUGCCAACUCUCUUCGACUUUACGCGACAUGAAUUGUCCAUAGCACCGCAGCUCAACAACAAGCUAGUGCCACCACAUAUCAGGACCGUACUGACGUCUCGCGGCCUAGACGUCGACAACUUUACGCCGAUGACGAAGCAGGAAAUGAUGGCGAAACUAGACUGAGAACUGGUCUGAAUUCGGCUUUGUUUCAACUCACCCACAAGUUUUGAGUUGGCCUAUAACAUUCGUUUUACUGUCUGGGCCUGGCAACAU